CGUAGUGGGCGGUGACAGGGAGUGAAGGCGGCUCAAGCAGAGUGCCGGUGAAAGCCCGGAUAGGCAGUAUGGAUGCGCAGACACAUAGGCCGAUCAAAGGCAUCCUGAAGAAUAACAGCUCCCAGAAGAGCGACGUGUUUGUGCUCACCAAGGAUGAGCUGGCGCAGGACAGAGAGGACGAUCCGAGUAAAAAGUCCCAGAAGUGGGAUGAAAUGAAUAUUCUGGCAACAUACCACCCUUCUGACAAAGACUAUGGAUUAAUGAAAAUAGAUGAGCCCAGCACACCCUACCACAGAAUGGUUGGAGAUGGUGAUGAUGAUGAAGGAGCCAUGAGUGAUUCAGAGUCAAAUGAAGCGCUGACAGCUGAUAUCUUGGCACAGAAGCUUGCUGCCGCAGAAGGAAUGGAUCCAAAAUUCCUGGCUGAAGAAGAGAGCAGUGAGGAAGAGGAGGAGGAGGAGCUGACACCAGAGGAAAGAGAAAAGAAAAAGGAGUUUGAAAUGAAAAGAAAGCACCACUACAACGAAGGCAUGAAUAUAAAGCUGGGCAGGCAGUUAAUAGCAAAAGAACAGGCAGGUGGUGGUGGUGGUGAAGAAGAAGAUGAUGAAGAAGAUGAAGACGAGGAGAUGCAAGAUAUAACAGACACAGAUGGUAACGAUGGUAGGAGGGGGCACUCUUGUUGUUGCUUUCAUGGAGGAUUCCAGAGAAAGUGGUCAUCCUGAGCAGCUGCAAAGUAAUGUCCAUGUUUUAUAGAGGAGAUGGAACCAGAACAACUUGCUGAAGGUCUAUUUAUUGCCACAACACUGCAUAUGCACUGAUCUGCAGACCUAAAGUGAAAAGUAUGACUGAAUACUUUUCUGAUGCCAUCAUUAUCUUGUGAGGAAACUUUAUUAAUAAGCCAAUCCUGAUUAAUGAUUUACAAGCUUGUCUGGCAUAUUUUGUUUCCAAAGCUGGCAGAGCAGAACCACAAGUAUUGGCGCACAUACGACCGUGUAUAGGCCAUCUGUAAGGUGUCAGUAUGGAUAUCAGCAUUUCGGGCACCUUGGUUAAAGGUUUUGAAAUUUUCUUUCCCAUGAAUCUCGUGCCGUUUUGUAGAAGAGAAUCGCGCGUCAGUGGGACACUGCAUAAAGUCUUUAUUUUUGUUGCUCCUACAAUUUAUU